UACACAUACAACAUAAUUACUACUCCUAUAUAAUAUCAAACCCUCACUCAAUUUCCCUCCUUCGAGCACCACCAUUCUCAAGUUGCUCAUCAGAUCACCACUCACCCUACUCCAACCCUCCCAAAUUUGAAAUCUUUUGUAAAAUCUUGGGCAACCCAAAUUUUAUUUUUGAAUUUUAUGAUCUGGGCUGUUUCUAUCUCUCUCUCUCUAUCUUUAUCUGGAAUUGAUGAUCAGUGGGAGUAAUAGAGAAGGAGCAAGCAAGUCAUGGGGCACCAAUGGCUCCGGCCAAUCGGUGUCGACUAGCGGCAGCGUUGGCUCUCCUACAACCCGGAGUGAGGCGGUUGUCAACACUCCCCCCAGUGAUAAGACUUUAAUUAGGCUUAAUCAUAUUGAUGCUCAUGCUGAUGAUGUUGCAUCUCAAGCUACUGAUAUUAAUAAAAAGAAAAAAAGAGGUCAACGAGCAGUUGGAGGGGAUAAGAAUGGCAGGGGACUCCGCCAAUUUAGCAUGAAAGUUUGUGAGAAAGUGCAAAGCAAGGGAAGAACUACUUAUAACGAGGUCGCAGAUGAACUUGUGGCUGAAUUUUCUGAUCCUGGCAAUGGAAUUUCAUCCCCAGACCAGCAACAAUAUGAUGAGAAAAACAUCCGUCGAAGGGUAUAUGAUGCUCUUAAUGUUCUCAUGGCUAUGGAUAUCAUAUCCAAGGAUAAAAAAGAAAUACAGUGGAGGGGUCUGCCUCGGACUAGCAUGAACGACAUUGAGGAAUUAAAGUGUGAGCUUCUUGGACUGCGAAGUAGGGUUGAAAAGAAAGCAGCAUAUCUGCAAGAACUGGAGGAGCAAUAUGUAGGUCUGCAGAACCUUAUACAACGGAAUGAGCAAUUAUACAGCUCUGGGGAUACUCCUAGCGGUGGCGUGGCCUUACCUUUCAUAUUAGUGCAGACUCGUCCUCACGCAACUGUUGAAGUGGAGAUAUCAGAAGAUAUGCAACUGGUGCAUUUUGACUUUAAUAGCACCCCUUUUGAGCUUCAUGAUGACAAUUAUGUUCUCAAGGCUAUGAAAGUAUGUGAAAGACAACAGGGUAAUGAGCCACAAAUUCCCUCAGAUGGAGGAGAAAGCUCCAGUGUUCCGGUGUUCCAACCUCAAAUUGCUCAGCCUUCCAGUUUGGGCGUACAAUCUAGUAGACCUCCUACUUCACCUCCUCUUCCUGGAAUUUUAAAGGCUGCCCGAGUAAAGAAUGCGCACUAGUCUUAGUUUGACAACUAGCAUACUAUUAGGCUCAUAUGAUCUCAUGUAAAUUGUGUACACUAUCUUGCCAGAAAUGGUUUGCCCUUGCAUGCUUCUUCACCAAUACAGAUUCAGUGCACCUCCUGAAGUUGGUGAAAACAAGACAUACAAGUCUUUGUAGGUUUACUAGUCGUAGCUGUGGGAGUUUUUUCAUCUUCUUAACAUAUUCUCUAUUUUACAUAUUUAUAAGAGGCUUUUUAA